AUGGAAGGCCUAGAAACGGGUCUGACGUCGGAUCCGCUCCUUUCGGCGGCACUCACCUCGCCUCCAGCGCCGUCAAGAAUCGUCGUCGACGGCUCUGGCUCGAGGACGUCAGGUCGGCUGCGCGGAACCCGUGUCUCGUCCGACAGCAGCCAGCACGACGACCACUCUUUCCUCGACUUUGGAGCUGACGACGACCAUCCUCAUCAUGCUGCUACCAUUUAUGGGUGCGUCUAAAAAUUCGAAUGAUUGGUACAUAAUAAAACUGAAUUUUUCGUUUUAGUCCGCGCGAUUUCAAAACACAAACCGAAGAGAACUAAAUUUGAAAAUAAAAUAAAGAAUUCUUUCUGGAUUUCCUCAUUUUUCGAUAUUGUAAAACCCUAAUCCAAUUUUCAAAUGUUUCAUUUUAUAAUUUUAGUUCAGAAAGUUACAAACUUCCAAAAUUUUUUUUGGGUGUACGGUAGAUAGCUGUUAGUACGUGAACACUCUGUAUGCGUUUUUCCGAAUUUUUCUCAAAUAAAAACAAUUUUUUUAAAAGUUUUUUUGCAUUUUUUCAUCUUUUCAUAAGAGGAUCACAUCAUCAUAUUUUUAUUGACUUUUCUUUAUCAUUUUUCACGACUUUUCACAAUCUUAGUAUUAAAAAAAGUCAGAAAUUCAAAAUUAUUUUUUCAUCGAGAAUCCUGGUCGCUAUUCCUAUAAUGUUUAUCUUUAUUUAUGUGUGUUACCUGCAACCGGUGAGAGUAUUACUUUUCUCAUGGGGUGGUAUUAUCGUGAGCAGAUGGUGCGGGCGAAGUGCGUACCAUCUAGGGACAGCUGUCCCCUUAAUUCUUUUUCCUGGUGCCUGUAAAAGUGUUUGCGGCUGUCAAAUCCGGGAAAAUUGAUAUUAUUGAAGAGGAUGAGUCAAAGUACCUUAACUAACCUUUGAAAGAUCCAAAGUUAGGGACUUCCGAACAAAAAUUGUUGUUUUUAAAUUAAUUUUAAUUGUGUGUUUGAUGAAGGACAGAAAAAGUUCAAAAAGAUUACGAUGCGAUCUAUUUUCAAACACGCAAUAAAUCAUUAAGAGAAGCUAUAAAACGUUGAUUUAUUUUAAAGAUAGUCGGAAGGAAUCUGUUUUCUGAAGCUACUCAAUGGAUUUUUGGUCUAUUUUUGUCAUGAUUUCCAGGAACUACGCGACGCUAACAACACUCCAACCACUGCCUCCCAUUUCGACGGUAACUUCCAAAGAGGACCGUUACACGCGUUCGACACCUUCCCCACAACGGGAUCGAUCCACGAGCAUCAAGUAUUUCCUCUGAAAAGAAGAUUCCUGGCUAAUUAUGUUAUUUGAGCAACUACUUCUACACGCCCACGAAUCAGUCGUCGUACAACUACAAUGUCAACAUCAAGUACGAGUACGACAGCAAGCAAGAAGAAGACGAAGACGACGCCGGCCUCGGUUCGCUUCUUAUUUCGGAAAUUCGCAAAGAUUUGAGACAAAGUCCUUAAUUUUGAUGAAUAUUCUAAUCUCCGAAUAAGUUUUCAAAAAAUUAAAUAAUAGUUCAAUUUUGAAUCAAAACCAUGUUCCAACUCAAAAAAAGUAAUGAAGGAGUUAAUCAGAAGUCUCACAUGCUAGAAAAAUCGAUAGACUUUCAGAAUUUUUUGGCUCUCUAACAAAAAUUUUAAAAAUUACAUCAGAGCGGAUCUUGAAAAAAAAACGCACGUUUGUCAAAAAUACGGAACCGUUUUAUUCCAAAUUUUGACGAUGAGUAAAAACUCGGGCAAAUCCAAAAAGGCGGAGACUACAACACGGAUAAAUGUCCUUCUCUCUUCUUAUUUUUUCAACUUUGUUUCAUUUUUUGGAUCGAUGCCAUAUCUGAAACUAUUUCCAUUCCUUUGAUUUUGUCUCUAAUCUUAGCUAAUGCCCUAUUGCGUCAGGCUUAGCGCCAACUUAAGGUUCAGCUCCGGCCUCCUCGACGCCUUCGGACUACGGCUCUUCCGGCGCCCAGGACUUGCCUUUCUCGGCCCCCAGCUACGUCUCGUCUUACAAUGGGUAUGUGUGAUUUCCCGUUUCUCCCUGACUUUCUUACCUCUUGGCAGAUCUCCAAAACUCGACAAGGACUGCUUCGGCUUCGCCUACACCAACGAGGAAUGCGACGAUUCUGAAGAGGUGCCGAUGCAAAAGAUAUUACUUUUAUUCAAUUUUUAAGUUUUUGCUUUUGCAUUCAAAGUAAAAAGUCAUAAUUUUUGGUUUUGAUCAAUUGGCCCAUGAUCUAAAACCAUCAAACCACCAAAAAACAUUUUAAGUCAUGAAAUCGAAGUUAAACCCAAUUAGGCUCACAAUAAAAAUAUAUUUGAUUCUUCUUUUUUGAAAGUAAUUUCAGAAAGAAAACGAUUUUUGGAGCUUAUUUUGUUGUUGAAAUUAUUGAAGCUAGGAAAGAAAGAGGUUUCCACGGAAAUUUUGUUGCAUGAUAAUCAAAUUAGCGCUGUUUCAGGGAUUUUCCGGGGAAAUUUCUAAUGAAGAAUUCAUUUUCCAAUAGUUAUCAUACUUUAUUUCAUUCAGUUGAAGCGCAAAUUAGGCCUCGGUAUUUUUUUUUAAACGCGAGUCAGUAUUUUCACGGAAGUUUUCAAACGUGCAGGAUUUUCACAUGAAUUUAAUGACUUUGGAAACUCGAUAUUUUAUGGUAAGUUAUCAGUCUCUCGUUAAAAACCACAGCUGGUUGUUGUGAAUCGAAUUUUGAUGUUUUGAAUCGGAGAAGUUACUUUUGAAAUUCGUUCGAUCGAUACACUUCAUUUUUGUUCGGCAAAGCGUGAGAAAUGUGUUUUUUCGCCAUUUUAAAAAUUAUCGCAUUUUCUGUUUUUCUCGGUCUGUCUAUCGAAUACUUUUGCCAAAAAAAGUGAUUUAGAGUUUUAUGAUAGAUAAAUGAAAAUGAUGAAAAUAAUGUCGAGAUCUCGGCAUCAUUUUCAUUUAUCUAUCUUCCAAAUGGGUAUCCAUUAUUGAUCGAUUUGCAGUCUGUGAAGAAAGAAUCGCCGUCAAUGAUGAGCGGAUCUCUCGACGGCGACUGCGACGACGACGGCGAAGAGCUCAACACGAAGGUUUCCUUUUUUGACGAGGACCCCAAAAACUCCCGAUUUUGAAGGACCUGGCAGUACGGAUCUCGGCCGAACUCAAGCGAUACUCGAUUCCUCAGGCCAUUUUUGCGCAACGUGUUCUUUGUCGGUUCGUUUGGUUUUUGAAUAGGAGAAGAAAGUUGACAUUGGAAUCUUCCGGAUAGUUUUAACAGAAAUUAAUCAGCAUCGCAAAGAAUAUUUUUAGUCUUCACUCAUUUUUAAAAUUCUUCCACCCGAUGUGACAUAGUUUACUGGUUUGAAAUGUUCUGUACUUGAAAAAAAAAAAAUGAGAAAAGGGUAUUUUUCAAACUAAAUCUUUGAGAGAAGGCUUUGUCGAUUUUCGAAAAUGACCUGCCUUUGUGUGCUCCUGUUUUCAAAAAAUCUGACUUCAAAGUAACUCUGAGAGAGUGAGAGAGCGCAGCUAGCCAGGCAAAUCGUUUGAAAUCAGCGGCCGGAACAAUGCGAUUAAGCCGCCGUCGCCUUGCCUAAUUGCCAUUCUGAUUCCGAGACGUUUUGCCGGCCACCUCGGCUUGCCGCGAUAAGCCUUUUGUUGGGAGAUUCCUCAGCUAUCUGGCACUAUCCAGCAAGAAAAUCAGACUGAGGGAAAAUACUAUGAUCUUAUUUUAUAAAAACAAGUAGUAUGGAGCAUUUGGAAUGAAUAAAUCCACGAUUUUUAGGUGCUAAUGCAACAUGUUUCUCAUUUUUCAUCUUAUUUCAUGAAUGAAUGUUCCAACUUCGAAAAUUCCACUUUUUUCUCAAAAAACUCUUCUAUCAGAUUGCAUAAUUAUUUAGACAGAAAAUUUUGAUGAAAAGCCCAAAAAAGGGAACCUUUUUCAACGAAAAAACGUAAGCAAGUUGUACGAAAAUUAUGUCCAUUCCUCUACAUUAUUAGUCAGAAAAAAAAAAGUUUUUUUUGAACAAAAAAAAUUUAUCUUUGAACACCCUCAAAACGAGAAAUAACAACGGAAUCUUUCAUGCCCCCCAAUUUUUCUGUGUUAGCGAUCUCAUUUUUCAAAUUUUUUAUUGACUUGCCCCGCAGGUGAAGCUUAAUGGUCUGAAUUUAUGACUCCAUUUUUUGAAAUAUAUUUUCAUGAACAACUUCAGAACCAGUACUACUUCAUAUUAAAAGAAAUAAUCUUUUUUCAAUUUUAGGAAGCUUUUUUUUAGUUUUGUUCGAGACUAUUAUAGUACUAAUACUUAUUCUUAUAGUAACAACACUAUUUUUAUAUUUUUGAAAUUUUCUAGAAUUUUUAAACUCAUUCAUUUUACGAGCUUUUUUUGUUAGAUCUUUAAAGUUCAAGCUCUGACUCUCAUUUUUUUUUUUGAAUGAUUUUUAAAACUAGCUAGCAUCAUACUUGCUCAGACCGUUUUCAAAGGCCGCUAAAAUUUUUUCCCGUCUUUAUCAAAUUUUAUCAGUACUAACUCCUGACAACAUCUUCGUAUUUUUUUUUCAAAACUACCCCAAUGGAGUAAAAAUUUAUUUUUUACUUCGUUUCUCAUAAUUUCUUUGAUCCAACAAACUACUCCUCCUGAACUAAUUGAGUUCUGUACUCACACAAGUAUGACUAGCGUUGUAGAAAAAUCUAAUAAGCGUUAUCUCGGUCGGUUUCAGAUCGCAGGGAACGUUGUCAGACCUUCUGCGAAAUCCGAAGCCCUGGUCCAAACUGAAAAGCGGCCGCGAGACGUUCCGAAGAAUGGCGAAAUGGCUCGAAGAGCCGGAGUUCCAGCGCAUGUCCGCUCUUCGGUUAGCAGGUUCGCAGCUUUUUUCUUCUUUCGUUUUUCACUUUUUUUUAUCUGAUCAACUAGUUUCAAUAGCUUUUUUUAUUGGUGGUUUAAAUGUGAAUUGUUGAAAAAUUUUGGAAGGAAGUUGUUAUUUCAAGAAGGUCUCAUGAAAACUGAUUGAAGUCAAAAUAAAUCCCGUGGAAAAUUGAGGAAGUUUCACAGAAUGUUAGAAAAUGAAGGUGAAACAAGGAAAAAUUUUUCUCUCAGCUUUUUGUCUCAAAAAAAUAAAAAAAUAAAAAUCAAUGUUUGAAUUUUUUUGAGUCUUCAUGAGUGUUGAGUUAAGAUUUCUUGUUUUUUUCCGAUUAAAGAAGUGUUUGAAAAAAAGUUUGAACUGUUCGCUGUUCUUUUAUUUUUUUCACCCUCCUUCGCUAAUCAUGCCAAAAAUCAUCAAAAAUUGUUCAGAUUUCGGGAUAUUUUCGUUUUUUAGUAUAGAAAAAUUAUAGCUUCUUAUAUCUUUCAAGUGUGCUUCACAGAAAAAAUUCCACGAGAUUAAGUUCAAAUUAUCUUCGGUUGAUUCCCUGAGAUAGUAUCAGUGGAGCACAUCUUCUCCUAAAAGAAAGCCUGGAAACAAGUUUGUCAUGAAAGAGCGGCUGGGAACUCUGAGCUGUUUUCUGCUCAAUUUUUGAAUAUUUCUUCUCUGAACUGAAUAUUCAUUGGUACAUUCUCAAUAGCUUGAGAAAACGGAGAAGUGAAUUGCAAUUAAAGAAAAGCAUGGUGACGACGCUAAUUGCCCUCCGGAUCAAUGGAUAACGUCGUGAACAGAAGAGUCGUGGCAGACAGACAGCCCAGCCGGCCCUCGAUGAGAAAUGAACGUCAGAAAAGGGACAGAUGGCCCCCUCGCGAGAGGUCUCCGAGUCUGCCGCCGACGUUUCCGCUCCAAACAAGGGACUCGCCUCGAAAGUGCUCACUGUCUCUGAACUUUGUCGGGCCGAUCCAUCAGUUUCUCGAGCCAAGUCCAAGAGUUUAGGGCAGAGUUCCGUUGAAAACACUUACGACAUACAUUCGGUAGUUGAAGUAUGUUCAACCUAGCCUGAAGGUGUGGAAAGUCCGAAGUUCGGAAUUCCGUGCAGUUGGAGAAACAUCCCUGCACGAUCUAACAAUACUUGAAGAGCUUUUUUGACGGUAGGAAAUUGAUAAAAGGAAGGUUUUGAUUGUGAAUCCAAGCAUGUAUGGCUGUUCUGAGGACCAUCAGGUUUAACAUGGCCUUCUGAAGUUACUGGUUAAACAUUUUUUUUUUCCUCUUUCGAAUUUAUUCAAGUAUCUCAUUAUCGUGAGUUUAUUUUGGUUGUGUUCUUUUCUUCGAAGCGGAGUUAUUGGUUACGGUCUGAAGCGGAGUUAGGUUACAUCUGUGGACGUAACCUCUUACGAACGGAUCUUCACAUGGACCAUUCUUACAUGUUUCAUCAAAUCCAUUUUGAUCUGCCUAAUUCACACUAAGAAUUUUCCAACGAAGCCUAAUCAAUAGGCUGGCGUGAGGAAGGUCGCCACCGAUGCGACCGAGCCACGGCCUUCGCACAGCCUUGCGACGUCGAUCGCCGCCUGCCUCGGCAGUACUUUCGAAGUCGUCGUCGCCGCUCCAGAUGGACUGUCGACGUGCUGCCUUACGCACGACGCAACACCGGAAGAACUGCGCGGAGCUGAGCCAGACGACGUGCUGCCACACGCAAACACGCGCUGCUGCCCCGAAAAGGCAAUCGAUGAACGGAGCGGAAAGAGCACGGCGCCUGGCGGAGUGAGCACGAGAAGCGAGGCAGAAGCUCCGGCAGAACCGCCGCCAUUCAGAGGGAAAAACGGAGAUGGGAAUACGAGACAAGACUGCUCUUGGAGAAUUGAGGGACCAACUCACCGAGUACGGACUGAUCUUCUGGGGGACUUUUGA